AUGUCUUCAGUCUCUGCAAGCGAUGCGGGGCUUAUUUCUUUCUAUCAAGACACUAGGACGAUCAACAACGUUGAUGUGGCAAUUGCGAUGUUCCUCGCAUACGAUGCACUUCUCUGCAUAGACAAGGAAAUCCAAUACGUCUGGCGGUCGCCGAAGACAUCUCGCAAACUCUCGCCGAUCAUCUACAUGUACAACAGGUACAUGGCCCUGCUGCGUAUACUCGUGGUCCUUUCUUUGGUCUCCCCGGUUUCGGACGCUCCUCAAAUAUUCGCGCUCAUCAUACCUAUCACGCUACCAGCACUGACCACCCUCAGAGUUUAUGCGCUCUCGGGAAAGAACAAGACGGUAACCGGUGUCGUGCUCCUGCUCAGGAAUGUUUACUUCUGCACGCUGGUCUCCCUGAACAUCGUGGAGAUGACCAUGGCCAUACUUACAGUUCUAGCGCGCCCAUACGAAAUAGAAAACGUCUUCUUACCCUUGAUCGACCCCAUCAGCUCAAUCCUGAACUCCCGCUUCCUGCUGGAGCUCUACGAAACGACUGCACAUCGCGAACGGGGUGGCCCGUCGCUCUCGUCUUUCUCGCUCGACUUCGGCCAGGCGUUUCCGUCCGGGGGUGCACCCUCGGACCUUCCCGAGUUCCUCAGCGAGUUCGCGGGCCCAAUCCAUCCCGGCAUGGGGUAUGGCCCGGUCCUGUACGACGCGGAAUCUGAGCCCGAGGCGGAGGUCCGGGUGCAUGCGGGGUUGGGCGCAGACGGAUCGAGUGGAUACGGUGGGCAUGCGGCGCGGGUGUGA